GUGAUCACUCCCAAGUAAUUGUCUCGCUGGAAUCGGCAAUAAAUUUGAUAUCUCGUUCACCGCUAUAAACGAUCAUCUCAGUGUCAAGCGAUUGUAGCGAUAACGAAUGGGCCAAACAAUUACUUUUUCCCCCCAAAUGACCACAUGUUUAUCGCUUUCCAAUAAAAGAGCUGUCCGUUGAAAGGGGAUUCGUUAGUUUGGUUCCGACCGCUGAACCCACUCAGAUUGGUUUAGAAGAAGAGUGUUUUCCAUUCAAUUUGUACAAUGAAGAACUUAAUUGUAGUAGUCACUUUUUCCGCGAUACUUGCAUUGGUCGAAGCAAACAGUGUUCACCGAACGUACGACAAUGACCAUAUGCAUAAAAGACCUAAACCUUCAUCGGAAGCGAAUGCUCGUCAAAAUCUCGGCUAUGAAGAGGUUGAAACCACUUCGGAUUAUUGGCAAAAGCAAGCCCAGAGAACGCUGCGGGCAAAACUAGAUGAGCAACCAAUAACUGGAACUGCUAAAAACGUAAUUUUUUUCAUUGGUGAUGGCAUGUCCCCGCAAACCAUUGCCGCCACUAGGAUGUAUUUGGGUAACGAAAACAAUGUGCUAUCGUUCGAGCGUUUCCCUUAUGUGGGAACGGCUAGAACCUACUGUGUCAAUCGUCAGGUGGCGGAUUCUGCGUGUACAUCAACCGCUUACCUAUCCGGUGUCAAAACCAACUACGGCAUGAUCAACGUGAGUCCGCAUGUUCCCCGGUACAACUGUGAGUACAACCGAAAUGAGUCGGAAUUUCUGGGUCUGAUGAAGUGGGCUCAGGAUAGUAAUAAAGGAACUGGAGUAGUGACCAAUACUCCCAUAACGGAUGCUACCCCAUCGGGGGCGUACGCCAGUGUAGCCACACGAGACUGGCAAAAUGACGCCAAUGUCAUGAAUGACGGAUGUGAUCCGAACAAGUAUCCGGAUAUUGCGCAACAGUUGAUUCACGGAGAUGUUGGCAAGAAUUUAAACGUUGUUUUUGGAGGCGGUCGGCAGCAUUUUCGACCCACCUCGGCAGAGGACGAAAAUGGAAACAAAGGUGCUCGAACAGACAACCGCAAUCUUAUUGAUGAAUGGUUACAACUUCAUCCAAGCAAUGCAGAAUAUAUUUACAACAAAAUUGGUUUGAAGGCAGUUGACACCGACAAAACCGAGCACCUGCUGGGGCUGUUCCACACCGAUUACCUGUACUACAAUUUAGAAAUCGAACAAAUGGGUCUCCACGAGACUGAACCCAAACUGUGGGAAUUGGUGGAUGUGGCCAUUAAGAGUCUGAGUAAAAAUCAAAACGGCUACGUGCUGUUUGUGGAAGGUGGCCGAAUCGACAAUGCCCACCAUGGAACGCGAGCCCGACUGGCGCUCGAUGAGACGGCCCAGCUUUCGGAGGCUGUUGAAUUCGCCCGCCAGGCGACCAACGUCCAGGAUACGUUGAUAGUGGUGUCCUCGGAUCAUGGCCACACGAUGACGUUCAACGGGUAUCAGAAACGCGGCAACGACAUUUUGGGCAUCGCGGACGUCAGCGCUAAUGACGAUUUGCCGUAUACCACACUGAGCUACGCGAACGGUCCCGGGUAUUACACGACGUACACCGAGGGAAACCGUGGCAUCCGAGCGGACAUCAGUAAUUUGGAUCUGAAAAAUUUCAACACACGCUACAUGGCGACAGUACCACUCGAAGCGGCAACCCAUGGCGGAGAAGAUGUCACGGUAUUUGCCAGCGGUCCCAUGGCACAUACGUUUCAGGGUAACUUCGAGCAGAGCACCAUUCCCCAUCUGAUUUCCUAUGCUGCCAAGAUCGGUCAAUACAAGGUGUAAAACAACUGACAGAACAGAUGAAUAGGUGUGGGAAGCAUUGUCGCUUGACUCAAUAGGAAUCUAAUUGGUCGUUCUCGGGAAAUUUUGUUUCGAAUAUCGAUAGGGCUUAAGACGGAAAAACCAUUGGAUUUCAUGGGCAAUAAACAUUUUGGGUGCUUUUUCCGUUUUAU